AUGAAACCUCGGUCUUCGAAGUUCCCUGAAAAGCAAAAGGAUGCGAGGUUACGAAUCAAAUUUGAGAAGAAUGGCUCUUCUCGAUCAGUUGUGAAUAAGAAAAUGGCACUACGUCAUAUGAUUGCUGUUAAUCGUGAAGAUUCCUUGGAUCAAGCGAGGGAACAAGGCGGAGCAAGCUGCAGUCAGCGUUCAUCGUCCGACAUCCCCAGGGUCCCGCCUCACGCCCCUUCAUCGCCAAAAAGCAUGCGUUCCGACAGCACCCUCAGCGUCGAUUCCGGCCAAUGUUCAGGCGAUGUGGCACUCACGUCCCAGCACUCAUUCUCUUCGUCCAGAGAAGAACGAGAAGAAAAAGAGCCAUUGGACGAGACGUCCUCAAUCUUCCACGUCUACCAACAACGAUGUCUUCCCGGAUAUGCCCGAAUAGCAAGUGAGUACAUAUGUCGUUUGUGCUGCUGA